UUUAAAUUUGCGACGGUUUGCUGAAAAUCAAACUAGCGAUCGCGGCGGAAAAAUCGCUACGAAUAAAAUAAAUAAUAUUCUAAAGUAAAAGCAAAGAGAUUCCAGUUUUUAAAGAGUUUGGAAAAAUUAUUUGCUGAUUUUUAAGUGCGGAAAAGGUGAUAAAAUCGAUCUAUAUUACCGAGCACUCCGCUGCUGAAAUUUACAUAACCAAAAGUUCGCAUUUGGUAAAGUUCGAAGUCGAUCGAAAUGGGCAUUCCGGAUAUCCGACUGUUGGUGACGCUGGACUUUGAGGUCUAUGGACAUGUACAAGGCCUGAAUCUCACGAAAGACACCCGCGAUCGCUGCACCAAGGCGGGAAUUACUGGCUGGGUGAAGAACAGCAAACAGGGCACAAUCGUGGGCAAAAUGCAGGGUCCCAAGGAAGAAGUGGAUAAGUUGAUCACCUGGCUGUCCAGCGAAGGCUCCCCCGGCUGCCAAAUCGAUCGAUGUGAUGUGCGAAACGUGGGUAACCUCAGCCGACUGGACUACAAGGACUUCGCAAUUAGGUUUUAGAUGUUUUUCUGCCCCACAUUCGGUGUGCGGCAUUAUGGUUUUGUGUGUUUGUUUUGUGCAUUACUUCGAUAAGUUUGUAAAUACGACUAAAUAAUAAAGAAUUUAAUAGUAA